UAGAUUAUUGCCUUAAACCAUUUGAUCUCAGCAUCAAAAUUCUUUUUGUUCUUUACUUCUCACCAAAUUCUCUCUGAAGAAAAAAAAAAAAUAACACUUCUUAUAUUUCUCCCUAUAACACUAUAUAAUAUAUGAUUAUUUGAUCCUCCAACUUGUUCUGCCUAUAUUAACUAAGUGUUAUUUCACUCAUGGCUCUCAUUUCUUCACCAUUCAUUACUAGAAAGAAUGGUUUGUGUGAGGUUGACUUUCCUUCAUCUUCAUCCUUUGUCACUGAUUUGAGAUGCAAGAAGACAAGAUCAAAGAAGAUUGUUUCUGUUGUGUCAACUCAGCAGAACAAACGCAACCCUUCUUCAUAUGGCUCAGCCAAAAUUGCCUUGACUACAACAGAGAAGAUACUGGCGAGAGCUUCGGAAAAAGGAUUGGUGAAUCCGGGUGAGAACGUGUGGGUUAAUGCAGAUGUUUUGAUGCUCAAUGACCUUACUUGUCCUGCUGUCUCUGAUAUCUUCAAGAGAGAGUUUGGCAACAAUGCUAAGGUAUGGGACCGUGAAAAAGUUGUAGUCAUUCCUGAUCAUUACAUAUUUACAAAUGAUAAACGGGCACACCGUAAUGUGGAUAUUGCAAGAGAGUUUUGCAUCCAGCAAGAUAUCAAGUUCUUCUAUGACAUUCAAGAUCGCAGCAAUUUCAGGGCUAACCCAGAUUAUAAAGGUGUUUGUCACAUUGCUUUGGCACAAGAGGGUCAUUGUAGACCUGGAGAGGUCUUGUUUGGUACAGAUUCUCACACAACAUCUGCAGGAGCAUUUGGACAGUUUGCUACUGGAGUUGGUAACACUGAUGCAGCUUUUAUAUUAGGGACAGGGAAGAUCUUACUUAAGGUGCCUCCAACAUUAAGGUUUGUAUUGGAUGGUGAAAUGCCAAACUACCUGCUUGCAAAGGAUCUAAUUUUGAAUAUCAUUGGUGAAAUAUCUAUGUCUGGUGCUACAUACAAAGCCAUGGAAUUUGUUGGGACCACUAUUGAGAGUUUAACUAUGGAAGAAAGGAUAACACUAUGCAACAUGGUUGUAGAAGCUGGAGGCAAAAAUGGUAUCAUUGCUGCUGACAAUACCACAUACAAAUACCUUGAGGAUAAAACAUGUACACCAUAUGAACCAGUUUUUAGUGAUGAGAAAGCAAGAUUCCUGGCCCAAUAUAGAUUUGAUGUAUCAAAAUUGGAGCCAUUAGUUGCAAAGCCACAUUCCCCAGAUAAGCGUGCUUUGGCAAGAGAAUGCAACAAUGUGAAAAUUGACAGAGUAUAUAUUGGAUCAUGCACUGGGGGCAAAACACAAGAUUUUAUGGCUGCUGCAAAAGUUUUCUUAGCUGCUUGGACUUGUAUACUCUUGAGGUAGCUGGGUCCGGUGGGAAGACAUGUUCAGAAAUAUUUGAAGAAGCUGGUUGUGACACACCAACAAGUCCUAGCUGUGCUGCAUGUAUGGGUGGACCUCGAGACACAUAUGGACGCUUGAAUGAACCUCAGGUUUGUGUGUCAACAACAAACAGAAAUUUUCCUGGUAGGAUGGGCCACAUUGAAGGACAAGUAUAUCUUGCUUCUCCUUAUACUGCAGCAGCUUCUGCCUUGACUGGUUUCCUUACUGAUCCCAGAGAUUUCUUGUUCUAAUUAAGCCACUUUGAUACGUGUGAAUGUUUGUAAUAUAAAGAGUUUGAGUAUUAUUUAUUAGUGAUUAAUUUAUA